ACCUGUCUUCUGUUCCUCCUCUCCUCCUCCUCUCCUCUACCUGUCUUCUGUUCCUCCUCUCUCCUCCUCUCUACCUGUCUUCUGUUCCUCCUCUCCUCCUCCUCUCUUCUACCCGUCUUCUGUUCCUCCUCUCCUCCUCCUUUCCUCUGCCCAUCCUGGAGAUCACCAAGACGUUUGAGGUUAGGUUAGGCUGUCCUUGCCUAAGAAAGACAGAUGUACAAACACACUAGACUGCAGCAGAACCUGUCAUCAUGGUCAACCACUGUGCCUUACACUAUGUCAUUACUUUAAUCUCUCAGAUCAAUGUGAUUUAAAUGUGUACUUUUAAAGUUCCCUAUUAAUAUCUUAGAAAUGGACAUUUUAGAUGGGUGAGUUUGGUUAGGAGAUAUGUAAAGAUAUACAUUUGAAUAUAACUAUGGAUAAUGUUCAACUCUCUUAUGGGUGUGUAUAAACAGAUAGUGGGGGUUUUUAUAGUGCCAUUUUGUGGUGUUUCAAGAAUAUGACAGAUCUCUCUUUCUACAUAUCCUGUAUGACCGAAGAUAUUGUAAGGUAUUAGACAACCAAUUUAGACUGAGGAGACAUGCAAAGAAUAUCAUUGAUUGAUAUAUACUUGUCAUUCCUCCCAUGUCGUGCUUUUAUUCAUGUUAUCAAGGGUGUUUUCCAAUAUAGAAGAAGAUUGGUUGUAAAUGUUCAUGUUUGAGGUACUACAAACUAUUUUUUAUAAAUCCGUACAUUGGUCUCCUCUUGUUUUAAAUAUGUAAAUGAUUUGAAAAUGACAUCUAAAGAGUUCAUGCGUGAGAUAUAGAGAUCGAAUGAUAUGUCAGUGUGUGUGUGUGUGUGUGUGUGUGUGUGUGUGUGUGUGUGUGUGUGUGUGUGUGUGUGUGUGUGUGUGUGUGUGUGUGUGUGUGUGUGUGUGUGUGUGUGUGUGUGUUUUAGCGCCAGCGAACCAGGGGUGUUUAAAACUGCACCCAGGUGUUUAAAGAGAGCAGGACCGGGGCUGAGGUGAAUCACUCAUAAAUCCAUAGAGUCAUCCUGGGUUACACCUAUAUGAGAGAGAGAGAGACGGGGAGAGAGAGAGAGUGAGGGGGACGGGUAGAGAGAGUGAGAGAGAGGAGAAACAGAGCAAGAGAGAGGUAAAGGGGACAAAGAGGAAGAAGGAAAGGGGUCAGAGGACAGAGAGAAGGAAAGAGAAUAGAGGACUGCAGUUGAAGGAAAGAAGAAGACGGACACAACAAAACGCCUAUGAAGAGCUCUGGAAUUAAACACUAGAAGGGGCCCCAGUUACUCUAUUGGAACAGCCCAACAUUGACCUUUUGAGAGGUACCAACAAUGACCAUCCACCGUGCCAGCUGAGAACACAAGACAACCUAACCUCUGGAUACAGUCUGAGAGCUUCUGAACCACCACAAACUGACCAAUGACAACACACUGUCAACUCAGGACAUCAAGCUACUCCCAAGUCACCGCUGCGGUUCAAGUCCACUAGAAACUGAAGCGUCUGACUGUUUUUCUGUAUCGCCUGGGCUUCGUCCGGUACCCGCGGGAAGGAAAGGAUCAUGGGAGCUUGGAGGAGCUGGAGCGGGGACGUGGAAACAUCGGGAGAUAAGAGACACUCGAUGAGGUGGACUUGUCAGCCAUGUCCUGGUUCACCUUAAAGCUGCAGGUUAACAGUCGUAGUGGAACUGAAGCCACUGUUGAAGCAUCACUACACACGGCCUGUUUUCCUAUUGGAUUUAGAUUCAAUUUAGAUAAAGAGUCAGAAGGCCAAAGACGAUUUAUGUGUUUUCAAGUCAAAUUGUAUUUGUCACAUACACAGUUUCCAGCAGGUUUAAAAGGUGCAGUGACCUGCUGACGUGCUAUCUCCCUCAACAAUGCAGAACAAUGUGCUAUCUCCCUCAACAAUGCAGAACAACGUGCUAUCUCCCUCAACAAUGCAGAACAGUUGUUGUUUUUGUCUGGUUCUGUCUGUUUUUCACUGGAUCUUAUGCAGUGCACAAAGUCACUUCACAUUCUUUAUGAUUCUCUAUUCACUCCAACAUGGAGCUCUUUAAAAUCCGUUUGGAAUCCAUAAGCAACUCUUUAAAAUCUGUUUGGAAUCCAUAAGCAACUCUUUAAAAUCCGUUUGGAAUCCAUAAGCAACUCUUUAAAAUCCAUUUGGAAUCCAUAAGCAACUCUUUAAAAUCUGUUUGGAAUCCAUAAGCAACUCUUUAAAAUCCGUUUGGAAUCCAUAAGCAACUCUUUAAAAUCCGUUUGGAAUCCAUAAGCAACUCUUUAAAAUCCAUUUGGAAUCCAUAAGCAACUCUUUAAAAUCCGUUUGGAAUCCAUAAGCAACUCUUUAAAAUCUUUCUGAAUACUAAUAGUAAUAACAGUUUAUCCCAGUAAAGUGAUCACUUCAUUGUAGGGACGUGCUGGCCUUAUUUAUGAACUCAAACCUUUCCCCAACGAUGAACCAGAGCCAGACACCCAUCGUGACCUCCAUCUCACCCCAGUCAGGGCAUGGUUCUGGGGGCUCGGGCGGUGUCUCUGGAGGGGGUAGCUCCGGGGGUGGGGGUUUGUGGGUGACCUCUCUCCUCGGCGCUACCCUCCUAAUCAUGCUCGCCAUGGGGGUGGCGGGUAACAUCUACACCCUCUUCAUCAUGCGUUCCGCGGCUCUCCGCCGAUCCGGCUCUAUGUACGUCUAUAUACUCAACCUUGCCCUCGCCGACCUCCUCUACCUCUCUACGAUCCCAUUCGUCAUCUGCACCUACUUUGCUCACGAUUGGUUGUUCGGCGAGGCCGGUUGCCGGGUCCUCCUGAGUCUCGAUCUCCUCACCAUGCACGCCAGCGUCUUCGUCCUGGUCGCCAUGUCGUUGGAGCGCUACCGGGCCGUGGCGAAGCCGUUUGGCGCCCGGCGAUCCAGCACGCGAGGACGGAAGGUAGUGGCGGCCGUCAUCUGGUGCGCGGCGUUUGUCCUGACACUACCCAUGAUGAUUAUGAUACGGCUGAGGGAAGGGAAGUGGAACGCGGCCGGGAACGCCAAGCGGAUCUGUUACCCGACGUGGACCCAAGAGGCCUUCAAGGCCUACCUCACCGCCCUGUUCCUGACCAGCGUCCUCGUACCCGGUUUAGUCAUUGUUGGUCUCUACGCUGGCCUAGCACGUCGCUAUUGGACUGCUCAGGCUAGCUUGGGACGAAGCAGCCGUUCAGCGAGAAGACGAGGCUUAAAACAAAAGGUUGUAACAAUGAUUUUUUGUAUCAUUGUAGCGUACUGGGUGUGUUUCCUGCCUUUCUGGGGGUGGCAGUUGGCACAGUUAUUUUCCCCACAGUCCCUCAGGGCUCUGUCUCCUGCCACUCACAGUUACAUGAAUUUCUUUGUAACGUGUCUGACCUAUGGGAAUAGCUGCAUUAACCCUUUGUUGUACACCCUCCUGACCCGGAACUAUAAGGACUAUCUGGCUCAGAAGGGUCAGAGCACAGGGUCAAGUAGGGGAGACCCGGCAGCCGGAGCACCCCUACAGGAUCUGUAAUCAGAGUAGAGGUGACCUGGGGUCAGCAGCCGGAGCACCCCUACAGGAUCUAUAAUCAGAGUAGAGGUGACCUGGGGUCAGCAGCCGGAGCACCCCUACAGGAUCUAUAAUCAGAGUACAGGUGACCUGGGGUCAGCUGCCGAAGAACCCCUACAGGAAAUAUAGGAGAAGAGGGGGGAAGUAUUUUGACGUGACACAAGUAGGAACUAUUAUACUUGACUUAAAUCCUUUUUAUCCUGGGGAGGAUAGGUCAUCCAUGCAGGAACUAUAAAAGAGGGGGAGUUAUUCUGACAAGAGCACUAUUCCCAAAGCAUUUCUGAUACAGCAUUUUUAUCUUUUCACUCUGAGGAGUACCUUGGAUUUGGUGAAAACAUGAGGACAUUUCUUUAUAGCUGUUGGGGCAAGAGCAGCCUCCAAAACAAACAAAUCGUUUUGUGAGUAGUUAGUGCAGCAUAAACUUGCCCCGACAACAUGGCUUACUCUAAACUCAGUAGUUUUUGUAUUUUUACAUCAUCUGAAUAUUAUUGGUAUAUAGUUAUACAGGUGUUGGAUCUUCAUUUGUGCCAGUUUGCUACAGCAGGAAAAUAACCCUGCAGCAACAGGAAAAGUGAAUUAUUAUGUGGAUUAUAAUUAAUGGACGUUUUCUGUAGGGAUUGAUAGAUUUUUCAUAAGGGAAAAUCAAGUCUGAAAUGUCAAAGUGGAAAUUACAAAUUUAAGAAACAUUUUUAUGACUCAAAGGCUUGUUAAACCUCAAACCUCUAAUUGUUUAAUUUCACACAUUACAGGAAAGUUGUCCCGCAACAGAGUGAUCAGAUUAAGAUCCUACAUCUGCAGCAAUAGCUGUUUGACAUAUAUUUUGCCAGGGGAUUCCAGUUUGCAUUCAUCAUGUAGGCUGCUGUAUUUCUUGUCACAUAUUGACAUGACAUUUAACCAGUCACUGUGUAUUUUGUUUCUUACUUCGAUGUUGUUGUCAUAUUGCCAAAAAUGUGUCAAGCUAAUGUUCUUGGUUGGUUUUUCUCAUCUUGUAUUAUUUUAUUACAUGAUUGUUCUAAUAAAGUUUUGACAGAUUGAUUUAGAGGUAAAAUGACUACGAUAUUGCCCUCUGCUGGCAAAGGUUUUAGAGUAAGUUAACUUUCACAUACAGUGUAAUGUGUGGCAAUCAUGCCAUCACAUUUAUCAGCGGUUGUAAGAAUGCACUGUGUGUCCUGUUG